AUGGAAGACGAUUUGUUAAGUGAAGCAACCUCAAAACUGUGUUCAAUUCAACUGUUAAAUGCUUUACAUGUAAAGUCAUGCGAUGGGAAAACCGGCAUUUACUUCACAAAGCAUACACCACAACUAAAUGGAAUGUGGGACAUGUUGGUGGCUGGAACGAAUGGAGAGCUCCCAAUGACCAACGAACUCUAUUUUAACUCAAAAGUGCCUGGGAUUUACAUAAACAUUUUGGAUUUGACGGGAAUUCGUGUCAGAGCGUCACUGAAUGAGGAUUGUGUAGCGCCGUGGACAUCUGGAGCUGAAAGAAUGCGUUUGGACAACUUCUUCGGAGCACCAGGUGUUGGGAUUUCUUCAAAACCCAGCCCAACAACGAGACGAGUGAUUUUACAACGAUAUUCGAAACAUCCACGAGGAUUGCCGAUUUCAAAAAAGAUCUUGAGCAUUCCGGACGCUGAAAAGCCGCAUAUGUUUGCUGAAGGGACAAACGCUUUGGUGCUCUAUUUUGUUAAAUCUCCUUUCGAAGUACAAGCUAAAGGAAGCUACAAAAGGAUAUCAGCUGAUUCGAAGCAAGUUUUGAUAGAUCUUAUCGAGAAGAAUCCAAUGCUGAGCACGGAGAGAAUUCAUGAGUUGAUGACGAGAGAACUGGAUGGGCAAAGUGUUCCCGACUUGAAACGGAUCCAAUUCCAACAGAAGAAAUACUUGAAAAGUCUCUUUGUGCAGAAAAAACCAAAACGAAUCGCUGGAAGCCGGGAAUUUCUGAAAGAGGAAAAGAAACGUUUGCAACAAGGAACACCGCCAACGGAGAUCCCGCAACGGAUUCAACCAAUCGAGGAAAGGGAUCAGCUAUUUCUGGCCAAUCACCAGUCAUCUUCCUUGCAAAUGGACAAUUUCGCAUCUCCGAUCAAUCCAGCUCCAAUUUCUCCAAUCGCUUUUACUAAUUAUCAUCAUAGUUCAAAAAUCAACGUCUUUGAGGAUGCUCCGGAUCAGGAUCAGGAAAACGAUGAACCCAGCUCGAGCUCGCUCUCACACUCGCCACUGAACGCGCUGCUCAUGCAAACGAGUUCGCUGACGAAUCGGAUGGUUCAAUCUCCUCAACCAGGCACUGAAUAUGAAAGUUUCGAGGAGAAAAUCCCUUCCUACUACAUGGAUUUAGCGAGAGGUGUCUCAGUGAAGCAAGCUUUGUCAACUCAUCGAAAAGUGCCGGAGACUGGUCAACUCUUCACUGGCGCUCAGAAACUCGUUCUUGACGGAAUCGUGAAAACGUUAAACGAGCUUCUCCUAAAGUCAGACAAUAAUGGAUUUAAUGGUGAAGAAACGCCAAUCAACGUCCUCCAAUUAUUCCCCGACAUCAAGCCGACCUCCGGAAACGGGUUC